CCUAGACCGAGCUCCCUGCGUGCACCGCGCGCUGCCAGAGGCGCUGAUUUCGCAGUUUGGAAUGGCUUCCAAGCAUGUGGCCGAAGUGCUGUCUAGCAUUUCAAGUGCAAGAAGGCUGUGAUGUCUCUUACAAAGAAAAGAAAGCUUCUUUUAGAUAAGCAUUGUUCAGAGGUCACCUGGAAUCAACAUGUCUGGGACUGAGGAAGCGGUUCUUGGAGCCCGAGGCAACCAUCCUUCUGCAGCUGGCGGCAACUCCGUGUUAUGCUUCGGACAGUAUCAGUACACAGCAGGCGAGUACCAGGCCAUCCAGAACGCUCUGAGGCAGAGGCUGGGCCCGGAAUACAUCAGUAGCCGCAUGGCUGGAGGAGGCCAGAGGGUAUGUUACAUUGAGGGUCACAGGGUAAUUAAUCUGGCCAAUGAGAUGUUUGGUUACAACGGCUGGGCACACUCCAUCACACAGCAGAAUGUGGAUUUUGUUGACCUUAACAAUGGCAAGUUCUACGUGGGAGUCUGUGCGUUUGUGAGAGUCCAGUUGAAGGAUGGUUCAUAUCAUGAAGAUGUGGGCUACGGUGUCAGUGAGGGCCUCAAGUCAAAAGCCUUGUCUUUGGAGAAGGCCAGGAAGGAGGCCGUGACAGACGGGCUGAAGCGGGCACUGAGAAGUUUCGGGAAUGCACUUGGAAAUUGUAUUCUGGACAAAGAUUAUCUGAGGUCACUAAAUAAGCUUCCCCGCCAGUUGCCUCUUGAAGUGGAUUUAACAAAAGCAAAAAGACAAGAUUUUGAACCAUCUGUGGAACAAGCGAGAUACAGCAGCUUCCGGCAGAACGUGGCUCUGGGGUCGCCCAAACCACAGGAGGUGACAUCCCCUUGCAGACCGAACCGCUCGGGUGAUCCGCACGCUGUGGGGCAGGAAGAGAAGGCCAGCGGCUCCCGUCUGACCGGCGCUGAGAGCGAGGCCACCUACCAGCGGAAGCUCCGGCAGAAGCAGCUGCAGCAGCAGUUCCGGGAGCAAAUGGAGAAGCAGCAGCAAGUUCAACUGUCUGCUCGGGAGGUUGAGAAGAAGACUCAGGUGACUCUGGCAGCACUGCCCGCACCUCCUCUGACGCACAGCACCCCUGUGACUGCAGUUUCUGAACCACUCGCAGAGAAAGACUUCCUUACAGGAAACUGUGAUAUCACUGGGAAGAACCAGGACUUGAAGAAAAGGAAAUUGGAUCCAUCCUAAUGGAGGCUCAGGUCACAUCCUUGACUUUGUCAGAAAGGGACUUUCAACAACUACUUUUUGGUCAUAAAACUGUUCAUCAUUCCUAGGGAAUGAGCUUUAUUUCCAAGGAUUUGCCUUGCUUCAACCUAACCAGAGGAUCUGACUGUUGGAGCCUGCCGCAGAUAAAGCUGAGCAGUCAGAAAACCAUGCUUUAAAAGAGCUUGUCACACCCUGCAGGGGGAGGCUCGGAGAUUAACCACCUUUUCUUUGGCUCUUGAGGUUCUUCACUAUUUAUUCCUAAGCUGCUGUGUUAGUAUGUAUAGAAAUUUUAGGAAUGCCCAGUGGCUACCUGUCCUGUAAGCAACAUAAGCCAUGCUACUGAGCACCAACUUUUACAACUGCCUACAUGGAACUGUAACGUCUGCCUUCUUUCACCGUGGGGCUCGGGGUUACUGUAGUCCACAACUGUGUUGUGUAUCCUCCUGAGAACAAAAGCUACAGUGGCGUUUAGCUACCUUGCAUCAAUCCUGGCUGCAGUCUUCAUCUAUGAUAAUCUCGUUUAUAGGUUUAUGGUGUCACUAUCCUGCAGUUUUUUUCCUGAUCAAGGAAAUGAAGGCCAAAGAAAAGGCAUUUUAAGACCGCAAAAUAAAUUCUUUCCUUUUGUAACAAAAAACACAAGUGGGUGUUUGUAUUUCUCCAUUUCAGAUGUGAGAUAUAACCCAUCUUAACUUGGGUUUUUUUCAUAGUUUUACAUGUUUCAUAACCCCCCGCCCCCAUGAUGAAUUUGCAGGUUCUUUUUAAGAUGCAUCUUGGGCUGUGCCUUUAAUCUUCAAGCUGUGGCUUUUAUUAAUUUUUAGAUCACAGAUCCAUUUGUGGGAAGCUAUGAACCCGAGGCAGGGAACUCCUUUAACGUACAGGAAGGCAGUCAGCCAUUUCUAUUCCCUUGGAAGAUGAAAAGGCUGUAGCUUACCGUGAUUUCCCUUUUAUCGUAUCUCUCAUUACAUGGAUCUGGUCAUAUGUUCAUCUUUUGGUUUUGACACCCUUACCUUUCUUCUUCCCCCAGAAAAAAGUCUCUCCCUUUUCUGAAGCGUAAUCUUAGUUCAGAACUGCUGCUUUAAAAAAG